AUGAAUCCCCAUCAGCAGAAUAAGAUCGAUACUAGCAAAAUGAGCCCGGAUGAGCAGCGGCUUUUCCGCCUCUAUGGCAAGAUGCCCACCAAGAAAGACCUUCUGCAGAACAAACUGAAGGAGCGCAAAUACUUUGACUCGGGUGACUACGCACUCAGCAAGGCCGGAAAGGCUUCGGACGUCGGUGUCACCAACAUCGGCUCCCAGCACCCCGUCCCGGAGAACAUUCCUCACCUAACUGCCACCUCGCCUGGUGCUAACAACCCUGCGGCUGCAAGCAAUGGCGGCAGCAUCAGUGCUCAAGGAGGCCAGCAGAUCCCAGGUAGCAUCAGUGGCCAUCCCGGCUCCAUCGGAUUUCAGAGCCGAAGCCCUGUGAAGGAGGCAAGUUAUCUGCAACGGGAAACAAGUGCGGAUGAGACCGAGGAAGCCGAGAAGAAGGAAGAUGACAGCGUGAGCCCACCCCCUGCGCGUGGCGGUGUUCCGAUCCGGCAAUAA